AUGAAGUCCGUGCUUCUCCAUCUCGCCCCUGUCGCGCUUCCGCCGGCCUUGGCCUCCCUCGCUGGGCAGCUGGGAGAGCAGCAGAUACAGGAGAGCGACCUCUUCCUAGGCAGUUCCGCGUUCACCAAGAAUGAGUCAGAAAACCUGGGCAUCAUCUACAAAUGGUUGGACGACAUCAUGUGGUCCCAGGCCUGGGAUCAGCCCCGACAGCGAAGCGUGGCCUUUGCGCAGUUGAAAGACCUGGCGGAGGUGAGCACAAUCGCGUUGCCGUCGUUGGCCUUCGGGGUGGGUCAAGCCUUGUACUCGUACUUCUGGUUUGAGGACAACGGCGGCAAGAUCGAUCUAGAGGCUGCAGACUUGUCGGUUCGCCUCCACGACCUUAGCCUGCAGCACAGCGGCUGCAGCAACCUGUCCAUGGGUGUGGGGACCUUCCUGAGCAAGGUUUGCCACGAGCGAUGGCUUUUUCUGAUAAUGCUCAGCGCAGAGGUUGGCACCGCUUUCGCAGCGCGGCGGAAGGACUUGGUUCAUGCAGCCUCGAUGUUGCAGCGGGCGAACCAGCUGUUUGCAGACCUCAAGGAAUACCCUUUCUUCAGCUUUCGCCAGUGGCAGUCGCUGUACGACAUCAACACCAACUCGCACGUCUUUCCCGAGGGCUUCCGCCAGCGGCCUGUGUGGCCGACAGCCGCGGUGCCGUUUGCAGUCUGGCUGGAAGAGAACUACCAGGUCUUCCGACAAGAUCUCGACUUGAUCCUGAAUCAAAGCAGCUUCGACACACUCUACUUCAUGGGCCACGUCUCAAUGACUCAGUUCUCUGGCCGCCGCGAGUCCUGGGCGCCCCUGAACUUGAUCCACAAUCGAGAGCUGGCGCCUCAUGCGUGCGAGGUGGCGCAGAAGAGCUGCGAGCUCCUAGCGGCCCGGCCAGAGAUCGCCCGCUGCCAUGCAAGGGACGUGGGUGCGGCUUUCGCCCGGCUCCAGCCGGGCAUGGGGAUCAAGCCGCACCUCUGGAAUGCGCCCCCCAGGCUGGCAGUUCACCUGGGCCUCAUCACGCCUCCAGGUGCCACCAUGGCAGUGGGAGCUGAGGAGCUUCGCUGGGAGCAAGGGAAGGCCCUGGUGUUCGAUGACACAUACAUUCAUAGCGUGAAGCACGACGGCACGGAAGACCGAUACCUGCUCAUUGCAUGGUUCUGCCACCCGUGCGACACCAUGCACGCUGAAGAUCGCCCCGUUCUCAGCUCCGCAGUUGAGUUGCGGCCGCGGGCAGGGAAGGUGCCCCACACCAGCCACGGCUACCCAGGCAGUUGGGGCAUCCUGGGCGGCCAGCAGCCUGGUCAGGUGGCGUCUGAUAAGGGCCCCUUAAAGGGCCCGCCUAGGAGGCACGCCAUCGCCUACUCCAACGUCAACGGCCAAGAGCAAGUGCACGAGACAAAGGUGACUUGCUCUGGGGACGACUGCGAGACCAUGUCCAAUGAUGUCAUGCCGCAGAUCAUCCGCGUGAGAUCACUGACCAAGGCUGCCAAGCCACGGCUUUGUGCAGGCAGCCCCUUCCAGGGCCCUGGCCUGGUCUGGGACAGCUUCGACAACCUGGCGCCGCCUGGAUGGCCCACGAUGGCCUUUGUUGAGAACGAGGGUUCUGGCCGCCAUCGGUCCGCUUUCCUGUGCCAGCCAAGGCACAAUGUGGCAAACUCGGCCCGUCGCUUAGAGGAGAAAGGUUGCCUCUUCCGAUUGCUUCACAAGGCUUGUGCAGUCUGCACUCAGGCCCGGCGGUUCUUUGGCUACACCCCGACGGAUGAUGUCAGGCAAAGCAUGCUGAUCGGGCAAGAUGCAGCCAUGCCGUCUGCAAGCCUCAAGAGCGAAGGCAUCACACGAAAGAUGCGUUUUGCACAGUGGCUGCUCAAAGCGAAGCCGCCAUCCCGGGCGCCUAAGAUUCCGCCGCCACCAGGGCCUGGGCAGAACAGAGAUGCGAGGAUGAAGCAGAUCGAGUCGCACUGCAAAGAUGGUACUUGUGUUCAGAGGACAAGAACUUUUGCGCCGCAUGCCCAGCAGGCACCUGUCCACGGUCCUGUACCACAGGCGGGACGGGCGCUCCUCUGUAAAGUCCUUCUUUGUGGCUACACGGCGUAUAUUUCACGCAGCAUGGAGGACCGAUACGAAGCACCGGGUCUGCCACAGAAGUUAAAUUGGCAGCCUGCAUGA